AUGGAAAGGAGAAUUCGCCAUUUUUGCUUUUAUUUAUUUAACACACGCAGCUUUCUUCUUUUGCACUCAUCUCUUUUUCAGCUUUGUGUUGUUUUUUUGAAGCCUAGCUGCAUCCUGGAGGCAACAAAGGAAUUUACAGGCUUGUGGGUGAAGCCAGCCUAUUCAUUCAUGAGCGAGCCUAUUCUGUCUCUUAGACAACAGGGUGUAAACAAAUGGGGUAUCACUGUCCCAGUUGAAGCCAUUCAGUUGCCACAUACAAGAGUGCCAAGUCCAGACCUGAUGAGCCAACAAUCUGGCAUAGGCUCAGAAGUUGCCCCAUCUCAUUUCAGCAUGCCCCCCAAAUCAAGGAAAUCAAGGUCUCACAGUUCAAGGCCAGCCAAGAAGACCGGGGCUCCAAAAACACCCAAAAAGAGGUCCUCCAGUGCCAAAUCAACAAAGACUGAAGUUGACAUCCUCAGCCCAGCAGCCAUGGAGAAUAUCUACUACAUUUCUCAUAAUGCUGUGGAUUGCCUGGAGUUCAGGGGCUUUGGGCGGCCACAUUCAAAUAAUAAGAAAAAGAAGGGAACCAAGAAGAAGAAGAAGAAAAAGAAGAGCUAAUUUUUGCCAAGCCCUCCCCCACCCUUGGUUACAGAGGUUAUAUC